AUGAACAUUGUUAUCUUCAUCUAUUUACGACUCACCGCCUCCGUUUUCCCGCCAAUGAUAUCAUUCUGCCCAUACAAACUAAUCCUCGGAAGCUGGGGUAAAGAAGUAAAGAAAAUGGAUGCGUAUAUCUCCGUGCAUGAUACACCAACCGGAUCAGAUACAUGUACUCCGUACAAAGAUGAUCGAGGGUUGAUGUCCGGUUUCUACCCAUCCCAAUUCAUAUUGAGAGCCAGUCUCGCGGCACGGUUAACCGUGUAUGUCAUGGGCACGCACCGAACGGGCGUUUAA